GGCUUCCGUGACGAGCUGAAGUUGCACGUGACCUUCAGCGGCGGCGAGAUCCACGAGUACGGCACCACUUACGAGCACCUGAAGAGGCUGAGGACGAGGUGCGAGCAGGGCACUGAGCUGCAGGCCAACCCGAAGUACCUCGACUACGUGGUGGAGACUCUCUGCCUGGGCAGCUCGAACACGGCACCCACACCUGGAGUGCCAGCGCACAAGGCGCUCAUGGGGAGCACCCCCGCUCUGUCUCAGCAGCAGGCUGGCGUCUACCGCUCGUGCGUGGGGGCGCUGAUGUAUUACGUUCAGGACAGAGCGGACUGCCAGUACGAGGUCAGCUUACUGGGCAGAAUGCUGUCAGGCCCCACCGUCGGCGCAUUCACCGCACUCAAGAGGCUCGUGAGGUACCUGCUCGGCACGAGGGAUGCGGUGAACUGGCUAUCGAGACCGACGGAGGGCACGAACGUGGAGCUGGUUGGCUUCGGCGACAGCGACUGGGCGGGCGACCUGCAGACGAGGAGGUCACAGUCGAGCGGCAAGAUCGAGAUCGACGGCGUUCCCAUGCACUCGUUCAGCAGGCGCCAGGGCAUCGUGGCCACCAGUUCGGGAGUUGCAGAAUGCUAUGCGGCGACGGCGGUCGCCGAAGACAUACUCUACUUCAAGUCGCUCCUGGAGUUCAUGGGCUUCUCAGUGGCGGCUACUCUGCUGACGGACUCGUCAGCUGCCCGAGGUAUCGCCCGACGGGAAGGAGUUGGAAAGGUUCGAAGUCUGGAGGCGCGAGUGCUCUGGCUCCAGCAGGCGAUCAAGCGGGAGCUGAUGGACCGGGACCCGGACCUGGGCACGAAGAUCUUCGGACACGAUCGCUUCGUCAAGCUCAGGACGCUCAGCGGCAUCUACACGGACAUAGGCCAGGUCGCGGAGAGCGACCAGCAGUCGGAGGAGGUGGACUUCGACGAGGGGGCGGCUGCGCGGGCGCGGCGCUCAAGGAGUGCGGCGGGCUUUCCUGGUGCCAAUCGCUCGGCGGCCCUUGCAAUGAUCACGGCAGCGGCGACGCUCUUGCAGGGAUGUGAGGGCCAGACCGCUCACUACGACGGCUACUACUACGACACGGAGGUUUGCUCCACGGACGGCAUUGUCGCGAGCGGCUGGACGAGCUACUUGCUGAUGGUGGUCGUCUGGACGUUGGUCGUGGCCGCCGUCAGCGGCUAUGUGGGAUUCAAUUGCGCCGACGUGCGGGAUCCAGAAUGGCUCCUGGUCCCGCCCGAGCCCGAUACGACGCUGAAGGAGAUGCGGCCCACGGACAUGGUGGACACUACCAUUCCCAGCGUGCCAGCCUCGUCGGUGAUGACGCGACCGAGUCAGACGAGGCGGAGUGUGAGCACGCAGUCGCAGACAACGUACAAGUGGAAGUGGGCAGCUCCGCGGUUUCAGCCAGUGCAGGACCACGCGCACGGUGUUUUCCUUGAAGUGCGCGUGGACAACGCCAGAGGACUUUUCUUGGGCUGA